UAUAAAAACACAGAAAAAUCUGUCUCUCACUCAUUCAUUCAUCUUCUCUUCUUCGUCCCGACCCGACAUUCCAGUGUGAGAGAUUUUGUAGGGAGAAAAAUGGGUCACGGAGGAGAAGGGAUGUCGCUUGAAUUCACACCGACGUGGGUUGUCGCCGGAGUUUGUACUGUCAUCGUCGCCAUUUCUCUUGCCGUUGAGCGUUUGCUUCACUAUUUCGGUACUGUUCUUAAGAAGAAGAAGCAAAAACCCCUUUACGAAGCUCUUCAAAAGGUUAAAGAAGAACUGAUGUUGUUAGGGUUCAUAUCGCUGUUACUGACGGUAUUCCAAGGACUCAUUUCCAAAUUAUGUGUGAAAGAAGAUGUGCUUAUGCAUAUGCUUCCAUGUUCACUUCAUUCAAGAGCAGAAGCUGAGGAGAGUGGACAUAAAAACGUUACAGCAAAAGAACAUUUUCAGAGUUUCUUACCUAUUGUUGGAACCACGAGGCGUCUACUUGCUGAACAUGCUGCUGCACAAGCGGGUUAUUGUACCCAAAAGCAUAAAGUACCAUUACUUUCGGUUGAGGCAUUGCACCAUCUGCAUAUCUUCAUCUUCGUUCUCGCCAUAUCCCAUGUGACUUUCUGUGUUCUUACAGUCAUUUUUGGAAGCACCAGGAUCCACCAAUGGAAGAAAUGGGAGGAUAUGAUUGCAGACGAGAAAUUUGACCCUGAAACUGCUCUUAGGAAAAAAAGGGUGACCCAUGUACACAACCAUGCUUUUAUUAAAGAGCAUUUUCUUGGUAUUGGUAAAGACUCAGUCAUUCUCGGAUGGACGCUAUCCUUUUUCAAGCAAUUCUAUGGAUCUGUGACGAAAUCAGAUUAUGUGACUUUACGUCUUGGUUUCAUUACGACACAUUGUAAGGGAAAUCCCAAGCUUAAUUUCCACAAGUAUAUGAUGCGUGCUCUGGAGGAUGAUUUCAAACAAGUUGUUGGUAUUAGUUGGUAUCUUUGGAUCUUCGUCGUCAUCUUCUUGCUGCUAAAUGUUAAUGGAUGGCACACAUAUUUCUGGAUUGCAUUCAUUCCCUUUAUUCUGCUUCUUGCUGUGGGAACAAAGUUGGAGCAUGUGAUUUCACAGUUAGCUCACGAAGUUGCAGAGAAACAUAUAGCCAUUGAAGGAGACUUAGUGGUGAAACCCUCUGAUGAGCACUUCUGGUUCAGCAAACCACAAAUUGUGCUCUACUUGAUCCAUUUUAUCCUUUUCCAAAAUGCUUUCGAGAUUGCAUUUUUCUUUUGGAUUUGGGUUACAUACGGCUUCGACUCUUGCAUUAUGGGACAGGUGAGAUACAUUGUUCCAAGAUUGGUUAUCGGGGUCUUCAUUCAAGUGCUUUGCAGUUACAGUACACUGCCUCUUUACGCCAUUGUCUCACAGAUGGGAAGUAGCUUCAAGAAAGCUAUAUUUGAGGAGAAUGUGCAGGUCGGUCUUGUUGGUUGGGCACAGAAAGUGAAGCAAAAGAGAGACCUAAAAACUGCAGCUAGUAAUGGAAGCGAAGGAGACUCCCAGGCUGGUCCUGGUCCUGAUGCUGGCUCUGCUCCUAGUGCUGGUUCUGCUCCCGCUGCUGGUCCUGGUGCAGGCUUUGCAGGGAUUCAGCUAAGCAGAUUAAGAAACAACGCAGCAGGGGACAAGAACAACGAGAUUACACCUGAUCAUAACAAUUGAGCGGAGAGAUGAUGUUUUCCUAAAGACGAUCAUCAAGGGCCGGUUUUGUUGUUAUACAUAAGUUAUAGUGUGACAUGAUUUUUUUUUUUGUCUUGUUACAAAGUUGACUACAUUGGGAUUGGAAUUGGGAACUGAAUAUGUUUGUAUAUUGUAUUAUUUGGAACAUUGUAGUUAGGGAUGCUCAACCUAGAUGUUGGUUUGAGUUCCAGACAGUUUAAUUAUUUUGGUAUUUGGGUUAUGAAUUUAGAUAUCAAUGGAAUUGGAAAUCCAAAUAUUACAGUAUUCUUUUA